AUGGAAGGAGCAGCAUUAUAGAAGGAUUAGGUGGUAGGAGGCAAAUUUAAAAUUAGCAAACAGAUCGGAUUCCCUUAAAUACAAUACGAGAGUAAAGUAGUCAAACACAUGUCUGGGAAUGAGGGUUUUCCUAUACUAUAUGGAACUGGGACUGAGGGUGAAUUCAACUUUAUGACCAUUGAAAUGUUGGGUCCUAAGAUUUAAAACCUGAUAAUUUUCUCAUUGGAGGACAAGGGUAUAUUAAUACGCUAUAUCUCAUUGAUUUUGGGCUUGCAAAGAGGUACAAAAAUCCUAGAAACAAUUAGCAUAUUGCGCCCAUAAAACAUAAAAGCUUAACAGGAACAGCUCGAUAUGCCUCUAUUAGUGCCCAUUAUGGCCUUGAAUAGAGUUGAAGAGAUGAUAUGGAAGCUCUUGGUUACAUUUUAAUUUACCUACUAAUGGGUGGAUUACCUUGGAUAAAUUAAUAAAAAUUUAGGUGAGUUCAUUGAGUAUAUGGACUAUGUAAGAGGACUUGAUUUUGAAGAGAAACCAGACUACAAAUAUUUAAUAACCAUGUUUAAAGAUCUUUAUUAUAAAUAAGGUUUCAAAGAAGAUUUCUAAUAUGAUUGGGCUGUUUUGUAGUAAGAGAAGAAAAAAAAGAAAAAGAAAAAGGGAACUGAGUCCUAAAGAGGGGAAAAAUCAAAUCCUUAGACUGGUGACGUUGAAUAUAUGCAGGUUCCGAAAAAAGGAAGUAAAUUUAGAAAAGCAACAGUUAAUUUUAUUCAGGAUGCAGAAGAUAGUCUAGUUGUGUCCUAGAUACAACAAGACUCUGCAUUGAAUCUCGAUGACAUUGACCCUAAUAAUUUUGAUGUGCAGCAAAUGAAAGACUAUUUAAUAGCUUAGGGGCAUGCUAAAGCCAAUUGCUAUAAUGAUCAGAGUAUGAUGGCAAAUCUUUUAUCUAAUUAGAAUUCUUCAAUGUUUACUAUCAAUUCUCCUGCCUCUGCUUUACUUCGAAGAAAACUACCUUUUUAAGGGCUGAAUAUAAACCCCACAGGAAUAUAAGGUACCUUAGGUGGAUCACUCUUAUCGCCACUUCUUGGCAGAGGUGAGAGAUAGAAAAUUUCUGGAUCUUUCAUGAGUCCUGUUAGGAGAGACUAUUCUAACCCUAGUCGACUUGACAACAUACUUGAAGAUGAAAAUGAAGGAAAGAAGGAAAAAGAUGAUAAAAUGAGAAGAUUAAAUCCAUUUUAAAUCAAACUAAGAGUUUCUUAAAGUUAAGAUGAGGAUUUCGGGAAGGAGGAGAGAAAGACACCAAAGAUUAAUGUAAACUAAUUUAGCCCUAAGUCCAACAAAUACUCAGAGUGGACUAUUGAUAAGCUAUCUGAGAAUGAUAUUGAUGAAAUGAACUACUAAGGAAUUAAUGACUUGAAGAGAAGUAUAUCUCAACUCACACAUUUUAAUGAUGUAAAUAUGGAUUUUGCCAAUAGAAAACUUGAAUAUAAGUUAUCGAAACUAUCUGAUAAGGGACUUAUCUAAUUCUAUUGA